CAAAGUUACCAUGGUAACUGUUGUUUAGUUUCCGGUCGCUGAGAAUGCUUGCUGCUUCUGCGUGUGGCCGGGAGCGAACUCGUAUCAUGUUUACCAGGUUCAACCCCCGGCAUUUUGUGCAAAUAUAGGCAAAAAAGAUCAAAUAAAAUGUCUCAGGAAGCAAAAGAUUCCAAUGAUUCUAAUACUGAAAAUAAAUCCACUACAAGUAAAGAGAAAACAGCUCCAAAGCAGCCCAGUACGAAAGAGACAUCGAAAUCACAAAAACAUCCAAAGAUUGCAAAUCCUGUUUUACUGAGAUCAGAUGUACCUCUUGAUUGCCAUCAAGAAUUGGAAAAGAAAAAGCAGCAAAUUCUUAUUGGGCAGCUACAAGCUGCUGAAUCACAUAACAAGCUACAAGACAUGAGAUUCCGUUACCAAACAAUGAGAGCUGAAGAAAUCAAUCUUUUAAUAUCAUCCCAGCCGACAGCCAGAAAGGCUAUUCGAUUGGAGGCUCUUCUUCCACCAUAUGAGGAACAGAUUAACCUCAAGGAUACUUUGAAUAAACUGCAGAGAAAAAGAGUGGAAGAAAUCAUAGGUGAUGAAGCAGGGCUAACAAUAAAUCGAAACCUAUAAAGGCAAAACACUUGCUCCAGUUAACAGGACAUCUAAGAACAUCAUUUGUAACAUAUUUGCUCGGAAUUAAACUUUCAAAGCUCAGCAGUGACUUACUCAUUUCGAUAUAGGUAAUAAAGCUGUUUAAAAAUCAGUAGAAAUUCAUUAUUUUGUCAUUUUAUUUGAAUUUAUUUAACAUCUUUUAAUUGCGCGCUUUUAAGGUUGACCAAUAUCUGCAUAGCACAAGUAAAUCUUACUAAACUUUGGAAGAACUAGAGAAAUGAUCAAUGACCUGACAGUAAAUUUGUUUUCAUUUCAACACUGACUCUAUUUUCCUUCAAAAGUUUACGUAAAAUGUAAUUUAAAAUUCUCACAUUUUAGUCCCAAUUCAAUAAUAUACAGAGGAUGGAAAACUUGUUUUAACUUUUAGUUCUGACUUUGAAUCCUUCCUACUUUAUUUCUUUCAGAAUCAAUAUGAAUUUAAUAGAAAAUGGAGUUUAUAAUUGAAAUGGUGCAUGUCUACAGCUUGAUCUUGUACUUACAGUAUGUAUGAAAUUCUUCUGUUUGUUUCAGUAAAUGAGAUUAGCAACAUUAACAAAAUAAGAACCAGAAAUUUCAUACAAAUUUGUUACUAAUAAUGCAGUUUAAUUGUAAAGCUUAAAGAUCAGGGUUUCUUUCAUAAUUUGGAGACUGAAGAGACUGGGAACUUGGAGCAACAAACAAGAUGCUAGUGGAACUUAAUGAGUCAGAGGUCCUCCAACUCUUGUCUGUUAUUUCAUAAUUUGCCUGGCUGCUGGUGUUUGCUUUCAAGUACUGAAUCUCAGUUGCCGUAGAGAAGUAACAAUAUGUUUUUGGGGGGAAGGGAAAAUAAUUGAAAUGACUCACAUCUAAGUCAAUGCAGUACUUGCUUAAUACCACAGCAAUCUUCCCUUCUCAGUGAUGCAGUGCUCUAUGUCAUUAUUUUAGCCUCUUUACUAAACAAGUUACAAGGUCACUAAUCGGACUUCUUAAUGCACAAUGAUAGAAUUAGUAAAGAAUAACAGACCUGACUUGUCUCCAGCAAAGUCAAUUGCAGGGAAGCAGUCUGAAUCUUUCGCUUCCUCCUAAUAACAACAAGAAUUAGCAUACCUCUUAUAUGGUUAAAUUCUGUAGCAUCUCAUAAUGCUUGUUCCCCUCUUGCCUACUCCAACACCACCAGCAUCCAAAACCUCAUUUCCAAAGUUUUUCUCCCCUUAAUUAAUACAUUUAUUAUUCAAGUGAUGGUAACUCAGUGUUGCUUGGGUAUUCAUUUCAAAUACUCAGUCUAAUAUGAAAUGGAAGAUUAUAGUAAGUUGUUUUUUUUACAAAACUAACUUGAGAUUUCUGCAAAGUAUUUCAAAUCUUUCAUUCAAGAUAUAUCUGUUACCCAACUGUAAUUUUAUAAUUUA